GAAGAAGAGAAGAACCGAGACCUGUCAGGUGGCAGGCCCAGACAGACCUCCAGGGUCUAAAGACUGGCUCUGUUGGACUCGUUGACUCAGAUGUUGGGGUCUYUCGUCAGAGCGUAGAUACGGUUCACGUUGGGACAGCAUCUGGACAGACGAUGAGUUUGGAGCGUGUCCCCUGCAGGACAGAGGUGAUGGGCUGGAGUCCUCAGCAGCUGGCAGACUACCUAAAGACGAUGAGCGUUCCCGGCUGUGAUAAAGUCGUGCUGAAGAACUCCAUGAACGGCUCCAGAUUUGUGAAUCUGAGUGAUAACGACCUUCAGAAGUUCCCCAAACUUCAUGUUCCGAUGAUCUCCAGGAUCCAGACUGACAUCAGUAAGAAUCAGGGGAAGAGGAGUCUCUUUGGUGGUAAAAAACCGACCAAAUAUCAGGAACCAGAGCCCACUGAGGGAGGAUGGGGCGAAGACGAGUUUGAUGAAGAUUUUGACGAAGACUAUGAGAGUCCAUACAGUGACAAUGACGAAGAGAGUGGGGGGGACUACGAGUCCCCAAAUGAGGACGCGAUCCCGGACUAUGAGCCUCCUCCCACCGAACACACCGAGGACCACAACCUGCGUCCCUCACAGCCCAUCGGGGAGGGAGACUACAUCGACAGGAAAGAUAACCAAAUGCCCACCAGAGGCCCACCCCCUGCUGUGUCUGCCCGCCCCCCCAUCUCCACGCUGUCGGCUCCAGUGUCUCGGACGCCUGGAGAACCUUCCUCUAGAAGAGACUCAUCCCCCCACGUUGCCAGGCGACCGACAGAGAAAUUUCCUCCUCAGCCUCCAAAGGUGUUUCGAAACAACAAACCUGGCAGAGACUCCAGAACCAACCCGUCCCCCAUCAGAGGACCUCCCUCCAGCACACCAGACAGAACGAGUGCCCAAUCCUGGAGGUCUCAGCCCGAUGGUUCAGACCCACCCAACUGGUCCAAGCCUCCUGUCCUCCCACCUCCUUCUGCCUCGGUCAGCAGGAGCAACUCCUCGGCUCGGGCGUCCACCUGCAGGUUUGAAGGACAGAAGGAGCAAGCAGCAGAGAAAUAUCCUAAACACAACACUUUCCCUUUCAACAAAGGUUUACCUCCUCGUCCAGGAAUCCCAGGAGCCCCUGCAGGUCCCAUCGACAGUUUGCCUCCAAACGUUCCUGCUGCCAACUCUGUGCCUCACAAACCAAACCUGGCUGAACACAGGAGCAGCGUCGCUGGUUUGGACCGACACUCGUUCAGACCUCCUGCUCCUCCCACAGCUUCAUCCUGCCAGGAUCUGGACCAUCGCUGGUAUGUUGGCAAAAUGACCCGUGGUCAGGCUGAAGGCUGUCUGAGACAAGUCAACAAGGACGGGGCCUACCUGGUCAGGGACAGCACCCGGCAGCAGACCAACCAACCCUUCACCCUCAUGGUCCUCUACCAGGACAAGGUCUACAACAUCCAGAUCAGGCUGCAGGACCAGCAGUACCAACUGGGAACUGGACUCAAAUCUCAGGAGUGUUUCCUGUCAGUCAGUGACAUCAUCAGUCACUACUCCCAGUCCACUCUGGUCCUGAUCGACGCCAAGAACCGCACCUCCAGCCAGCAGAACCAGUGCCUGCUGUCCGAGCCAGCUGGGUCCUACUCCACGAGUCAGACCUGGUCCUGAAGACCCAGACCCAGGUCCACAUGCUCACCAAACUGAACCACCAGCAGAACUGUCUGAGUUUUAAUGUUUGUUCAGGUUUGACUGAAACUUUAAGCCACAUCAGCUAAAAUCAGCUUCAGCUUCUGUUCGCUGACCUUUGACCUCUGCUUCCUGUAACCUUUGUCACUUUUAAAUAAAACAUCACAAAUAUCAGCUGCGUCCUCAUUUCUUCUAGCUGAACCACGAAGAACAGGAUUUUAGCUCUUUUAUCAGCUAAAACUUGAGGAUUUUAGCUCUUUUAUCAGCUAAAAC